AUGCCGGAUUCGACAGUCCGAGUUCCCCUCGGGGUUCUGGAUCACUUCCUCCCUCCCCAUUAUAUGCCCAUGAAAUGGUACAUCCCGUUGAAGGACGCCGUUACGCCCCAGGGAGCAUUCAAGGCUUUGGAAGAUGGCCUUCGCCUUACCUUCCGACAACUGCCCUGGCUGAGCGGGAAAAUCUACAAAGCAGAUCCAGGAACACCAGGCGGACGCCCCGGCCAGCUUGAGAUCCGGUAUGACCCAGCGGGCCUUGAGGAUAACAGCAAGCCUGUGCCUCAGUUCCGUUUCAAGCUACUAGACGAAACAGUGAGCUACGAAGAGAUCUGUGACAGCGGCCACCCCAUGGACACGAUUCCGGACGAGGAGGUCUUUUGGGGAGAUUUCUUCAACUUUCCCGAGGUGGAUAAGGGUGCCGAGUGCUUCAAGGCUCAGGCCAACUUUGUGCCGGGAGCGUUGAUCCUGUGCGGCGCCACUCACCACAACGCCUGCGACGGCGCCGCCUUGUUUGACGUGUGGAGGAUAUGGGCGGCCAACUGUGCCGCCUUGCAGGCAAACACGGCGCCUGUGGUCCUCGAUCCCUUGAGCUCGGAUCGCGGUCUCAUCGAGCGUAUAUGGGCGGACGAGGGCAGCCGAUUGGAGCAUGUCGAUGAUGCAAAAGGAGAAACGGGCCACGUGGAAGCAAAGUCAUACACCUUGUUGGACAUGGAACCACCAAAUGCACCGUCCAAGGAGGAUCGCCGGUUACCUCCACCACCACCAUCCUCUGGUGAGGCCAUGACGUCGGCCGUCUUCUACAUGUCACCCGACAAGUUCGCCGCACUCCACAAGCGCUGUCUGGACGAGGCGGGCGCCGGAUCGCGUAUCUCGGGAAACGACAGCAUGGCGGCGCUGAUCUGGCGCAGUCUGCUCAAAGCCAGACACGCGGCAGCCAUGGCUGCCGGUCGAGCGAGCGAGUCGGACAAUGUCGAGGCCUGGUUGCAGCUGACGAUCGACGGCCGGCCCAACAUUUCCGCCAAGGGCGCCAUGCCAUUCGAGUACCUGGGCAACCUGGUGUUCUGGAACCGGGUUGCCAUGCCAAUAUCGACGCUAACUUCGCCCAAUACUGGUAUCGCCACGGUGGCGACGGCCAUCCGCAGAGAGGCCGACGCAGCGACUCGGCAGGCCAUGCUGGGUGCAUAUGGGCUGGGGCGGCGCCUUGAAGAUGUCUCGAAACUUCAGCUCAGCAUCACCCAUGCCCACGGCUACGACAUGAUCCUGUCGUCUCUCAUGAUGAUGCGCAUCGAGGACACGCGGUGGGGCGGGCGCUUGUUCGCCAAUGGUGGAAAGGCCGAUGCGUUGAGGCCUCUCUUUGACGAUGUCAACAAGGCUGGACGUCUUUGUUUCGCCAUGCCGCGAGAGCCGGGGCGCGGCGUCGAGUUUGUGGUCAAUUUGUUCCAGGAUGAAUGGGAUUACUUGCUGGAAGAUGACGAGUUUGGGGAAUAUGCUUUGUAUUUGACUUGUUGA